UUGUGUGAAGGAAACCCUACAGACAUGGCAAGGCCCAAACGUCUACCCUGACGCGGCGCCGAGCUAGGCUCCGACCAGGCCCGCUGCCGUCGGGGCGCGCCGAGCGCCUCGGCCUAACCCGCGAUUCGCGCCGAAGGAGGCGCCGGUCGGUGAAGAAGGGCUGCGCGGCGGGGACAGGCCGGGGCCCGCCGGGAGGCAACGGGCCGGGUGAGCGGCGACGCCGCGACCCGGGACCGGGCCGGGCCGGGCCGGGGCCUCACCGGGGCGGCGGUAGGGGGUGCGGAAGCGGUUGGCGGGGCCCGCGAUUGGCGGGGGCCGCGCGAAGGGGCGGGGCGCCUCACGUGAGCGGGGACGGCGGCUUUUUCCUGCCCGCCGGCGCCCCCUGGCGGCGGCCCGCGCUUACCACCGCGCCGGCAUGGAGCGGGGCAGCGCCGCCGGACCGGCCCCGGUCCCCGCCCAGGCCUCGGCCUCGGCCCCGGCCCCGGCCCCGGGUGAGGACGGCGAGGGCUGCGCCGGAUUGUGGGAGCUGCCAGUGGAGCGCUGCGAGCGGCGGCCGGAGUGCGGGAGCUGCAGCCGUCCUCAGAAGGUGUGUUUAUGUCCAUUCCUGCCAAUACAUCCGCUAAAGGUCUCCACCUGCUUGUAUAUAAUUCAGCAUCCAGCAGAGGAAAGUCGAGUGUUAAGGACAGUACCUUUGCUAGCGGCUUGUCUCCCUCCAGACAAAUGUAAAAUUUUGGUUGGUCGACGUUUUAGUGAAGACAGGUAUCCUGAAUUAGCAGCUGUGUGCAGAAAUCCCAGUACACUCAUUUUAUAUCCUGGAGCUGAAGCAACCAAUUUGGAAGAUGUUGCUGUGAUGUCUUCUAGUCCAUCUGUUAUUAUCAUCAUCGAUGGAACAUGGAGUCAGGCUAAAGAUAUAUUUUACAAAAAUUCUCUCUUCCGGCUUCCCAAGCAGGUGCAGUUAAAAACCAACAUUUCAAGUCAAUAUGUAAUUCGUACACAGCCAACAAACACCUGUUUGUCUACACUUGAAUGUGCAGCUGUUGCUCUUACUAUCAUAGAAAAAAAUGAGAGUAUACAAGAGACUAUACUCCGUCCGCUUCAAGCUUUAUGCUCUUUCCAGCUUCAGCAUGGUGCCCAGAUCCAUCACAGCAAGGAGCAUCUUCUCAAAAAUGGCUUAUAUGACAAGCCAAUGCCAAAGAACAAGCGCAAACUCAGAAGAAUGGAGCUUUUGGUGAAUAAUGUUAAAAUAUAAUAAAACUGUACUGACAGUACAGUGGGAUUUAUCUGCAGCUAGCAGAUGGAUAUGAAUCUGGAUUUGAACCAAACAGUUGACUGUACUGUAAUAAAACAACUUUUAGGCCCUUCAUAGGCAACAGUUUAUCUACCAAUGUGACAAACAGUAAUGGACAAGCUUUUUCAUUUUUGCAUUAGGCCAGGUGCCUUUGUUCAGAUGAUAGAAGAUCAUUCUCAUUUUCUAUAGAAAAGAAGAAAAAAACUCUGAGCAUAAUUUAGAGUUAUGUUAUCUCUUGGGUGACAACUAUGAUCCUCAAUAUGACUGGAUAAAUUUACUUUGGAGAAGCUUUUAUCAGUGCAAAAAGACAAGGAAUUUGAAUGCAAUGGAACGGUAAGGCUUCAGCAUUUAGAAGUAUAUUGAAUUUCUGCUGAGUAUUUUAACUUCAGUAUCUAAUUACAUUAGAUUUUGAAACUGUAAUUCCUUAUAUUACUUUGUUCAGAUGAACAUAAGGCAUGCUAUUUGUAUAGUUCUAUAGUUCUUUUUAACUUGGAGAUUUUUAUUUCUUAUAUUAUUAGAAUUCCUUUUUGUAAAUUUAUAUGUAUUUUACAAUGCACUUGAGUUUAGUUUGUCUCUCAGACUUAAUUUUUAAAUUAAGUUUGAAUAUGUUUUUACAAGAACCUGAACACUUCUGACUAAAAAAAAAAAAAAAAAAAAAAAAAAAAGGUUUUUUGGAAUUAUAACUCAGGCGUUUCACUUUUACUUGAGCAAAAUCAAUUCUUCCACAGAAGGGGACAUUUUAUGGAUAUGGAUAUGGAUAUGUCAUAGCCAUACCCUGGCAUACCGUGGUUAUGAUACUAAAGAAAUGAAACAAUCCCAGUGUAAACAGCUUGGUAAGAAGUAUGAUGCAAUGAAGAAUGAUUAUAUCUGGAUACAACCCACUAACAUGAUUACAUGUGUUCCUUUAUUAGUUCUUCUCUUCUAACAGUGAUAUAACUGUACCUCUUUCUAAUGUGAAUUGUUAGAAGCAGAAGAAUUGGGUGUUUUUACAAGCUUUGUGAAGUAAUAGUUUAUGAUCUGGAGGAAGAGAAAAAAAAGUGAAAUAAAGGUUUUGAUGUCCUUUU